GCCAUGGACAAUGCCACAGAACCUCCAAGCUUGGGUCUUAAGCCUGCUAAAUUCGAAGUGCCGGAUAUCAUAGUCGUCGUUACAUAUUUUGUCUUUGUUCUUGCAGUGGGGAUAUGGUCUUCUGUCCGGGCCAGUCGGGGGACGGUGGGAGGAUACUUCCUCGCAGGGAGGUCCAUGACAUGGUGGCCUAUCGGCGCUUCUCUUAUGUCAAGCAAUGUUGGCAGUGGUCUGUUUGUUGGCAUGGCGGGUUCAGGAGCAGCUGGAGGGUUGGCUGUUGGAGGUUUUGAAUGGAAUGCUUCCUGGGUCCUGGUGGCUCUCGGAUGGAUUUUUGUGCCGGUUUACAUUGCUUCUGGGGUUGUCACCAUGCCACAUUACCUUAAAAAACGUUUUGGGGGAAACAGAAUUCGCAUCUACAUGUCCAUCCUGUCCCUCAUCCUUUACAUAUUUACUAAAAUAUCGACAGAUAUAUAUUCUGGAGCUCUCUUCAUCCAGGUCUCUCUGGGUUGGAACAUUUAUUUAUCUACAGUUUUGUUGCUGGUUGUGACGGCAAUUUAUACAGUGGCAGGUGGCUUGGCAGCCGUGAUUUACACAGAUACUCUUCAAACAGUUAUCAUGGUGAUUGGAGCUUUGGUUCUCAUGUUUAUAUCAUUCCAUGAGAUUGGAUGGUAUCCAGGUUUGGAAAGAAAGUACAUGGAAGCUAUACCCAAAAUAAUUGUUCCCAAUACAACGUGUCACCUACCUCGCACGGAUGCCUUUCACAUGCUCAGAGACCCCAUCAAUGGCGAUUUACCUUGGCCCGGACUAAUAUUCGGCCUGACAGUAAUAGCCACAUGGGUUUGGUGCACUGACCAGGUGAUUGUCCAGAGAUCUCUUUCAGCCAAAAACUUGUCUCACGCUAAAGGAGGCUCCAUUGUUGGAGGUUACUUGAAAAUACUGCCUAUGUUCUUCGUUGUAAUGCCGGGAAUGAUCAGCCGGGCUCUGUUUCCAGAUGAGAUCGGAUGUGUGGAUCCUGAAGAAUGCAAAAGGUUUUGCGGCGUCGAGCUCAGCUGCAGCAACGUUGCUUAUCCUAAACUGGUAAUUACACUCAUGCCUGUAGGUUUAAAGGGUCUAAUGAUCGCGGUUAUUAUGGCUGCGCUUAUGAGUUCACUGACAUCCAUCUUCAAUAGUGCCAGCACCAUCUUCACACUCGAUGUGUGGUUACGAAUACGCAAGAACGCAAAAGAACAAGAGCUGAUGAUCGUCGGCAGAGUUUUCAUUGUGAUUCUUGUGGUUAUAAGCAUCUUAUGGAUUCCUAUAAUUCAGGCAGCUAACAGCGGUCUGCUGUUUGAUUACAUGCAAUCAGUCACCAGCUACCUGUCUCCACCGGUCACCGCCAUAUUUGUUCUAGCUAUUUUUAUCAAGCGUGUGAAUGAAUCGGGUGCUUUCUGGGGUCUGGUCAUUGGACUUGUGGUUGGUUUGAUUCGUAUGAUUAUGGAUUUCGUUUAUCAAACUCCAACCUGUGGACAGGAGGACACGCGUCCUUCGGUGCUAAAGGACGUUCAUUAUCUCUACUUUGCUCUUUUACUUUUUGGACUGACGUCUGUCGUAUGCAUUGUGAUCAGUCUGUUUACUCCAGCCAUUCCAGAGGAAGAACUUGGUCGGAUGACCUGGUGGACAAGAAAUAAUCCCACUGAAGAUAAUGGUGACCUGGAUAUUUCUCAGGAUAAGUUACCAGAAAGAAAAGAAAUUCAAGUUAUUGAGAAACAGCCAGCGACAGAGGCUAAGGAUGCAGCAACGCAUGGGUUCCAAAACAGCUCUGUUGCAUCGGAGAAAGAGAACAUAGAAGUUCCAUGGUGGAAAAAAAUCUAUUUUUGGUUCUGCGGCUUAUCUGCCCACCCUGAGGUCAAACUGUCCACGGAAGAACAGGCAUUGCUGGAUAAAAAGCUGACAAGUAUUGAAGAAGAACCUCUCUGGAAAGCUGUCUGUAAUAUUAAUGCUGUCGUUCUUCUUACUUUCAAUGUUUUCCUCUGGGGAUAUUUUGGGUAAAAAAAA